AUGGCAAGCAUUGCAGUGGUUAAGAUUAUGUGUUUGGUGCUGGUUGGGAUGGUGGUGGUUGCACCCUAUUCUGAGGCAGCGAUCUCAUGUAACAUGGUGGCGACCAGCCUGGCUCCAUGCCUUAACUAUGUGUUGAGUGGUGGUGCGGUGCCUACUGCUUGCUGCAAUGGGAUUUCUUCACUCUAUAACUCACUGAAGACCACCUGGCUGGCGGUUUGGCAGACGAGGACCUUGAAAUCUGUUGCUGGUUCCGCCUCUGCUACCUCCUUUAAGAACGCUGCUAGCCUCCCAAGCAAAUGUGGCCUCAAUAUUCCUUACAAGCUCAGCCCCUCUGUUGAUUGCUCCAAGAUUCAGUAA